CUUAGGUCCCAUUGCCUCGAAUCAAAUCAAAUCUAUCGUGCGCCAUUUCCAUUCAAACACAUUUUUUUUACUUUCUACACGAUGGGUCGCUUCUUCAAGAAAUUUCGGCAGAGAAUCGAAAGCCGCAUCGAUGCCGCUGUUGCCGAGGCUACUGGUGGCGGCGGAUUUGGCAUUGCCAACCAAACCGCUGCCCAGCUUUCCUUUGAGGAACAGAAGCCCGAUUCGAUGCGACAGAAGGACGUUCGAAUGAUUUCGGGUUGCGAGGAUUCUCAAACCUCGGCGGAUGUUUCCAACGUUGCACAUUUUUCGCUACCCGAUCCGGCAGGCCGUGCGGGGGGUGCCUGUACCUCGACCCUCCUGAACAUUUUGUACAAGGACGAAACCGUCCCGGAAGACACCCUGAGUUUUACGCAGGUUCUCGAGCUCAUGAGGUCCGAUUUGCGCCGCGGGGGCUAUAGCCAGAUCCCCCAACUGACCUCGCUCAACAAGAUUGACGUCGAGACGGACUUUCAGCUUGUGCCCAGCACCGCUACCGGAGUCCAUCGGGCGGUCAUGGUUGGAAUCAAUUAUGUCGGACACAGCCCUGGAGAGCUCCGAGGUUGUCACAACGAUGUCUUGAAUAUGGUACGUCUUAUGUGGUACAAGCGAAACGCCGAGUGUAUUACUGUGAAGUGCAGAGCAAAUUUCCAUUGGGUCCUGAUCCCUGACUCCCUAGCCAUUUUCGUGUGACAUUGACCUCUCUCGUGUUGUAGAAAAAGUACAUCAUGGAAGUACACGGGUUUGAAGAGGAAAACAUUGUAAUCCUGAUGGACGAUGGGAUCCACACAUCGCCGACUAAGGAGAACAUGAUUGCAGCUUACGAACAAAUCGUUGCCGACAGCGAAGAGGGCGAUGCCAUCUUUUUGCACUACUCGGGUAAGAGUCGAAACGUCAUGCAAGAACUGUAUUUUAUCCAAGAGCUCGUACAUUGCCACAGUGCAAGGCAAGAAUGCCAUACUCGCAUCAUGCUUUUUAAUUUUGUCUCUUGGGUGUAUUGACAUGCUAACCAACUUCUGUGCAUUUCUUUCUUGCACCGGAUGGCAACCUGCAGGCCACGGAACUAAGCUUGUCGACCAAAGUGGAGACGAAGACGAUGGUUAUGAUGAAGCGCUAGUGCCCUUGGACUUCAGGGAAAGUGGAAUGAUCCUGGACGACGAUCUCUUUGAUAUUUUGAUUGCGCGCCUCAGCGAUGGGGUUCACAUGGUCUCGCUUAUGGAUUGCUGUCACUCUGGGACUAUUUUAGAUCUGCCCUACAUUUUUAAGCCAAUGCAAGACGGAUCCAUGCCCCAAGAGAUGCAAUUGGACGACUCAGUAAAUUUAGAUGGCAUUCUCCAGCAAUUUGGUGGCCAGGCAUUGGGCAUGUUGACUAAUUUUUUGAAUUCAAAACUAGAGUAAUCCGAGCGGCCAUGUAUUCAAAAAAAGGAUGAAAAAAUAAAUUAAUGCAAUAAAA